ACUCUGGCAAGUGGCAACACUGAUUGUUUUCAUUAUAAAUCAUUCCUGUCAUCUGCUGUAAAUAUUUAUUAUUUACCGUCUCAGAUUCAAGAAAAUAUCGAAAAACUGUAUGUUUUUAUCGUUUUAUUGGAAUGAAGAAUACCGAGGAUACAGAUACUCCUGUUAUGUGCGAGGUAGAACUAGCAAAACCGAAAUUUAUCGUUCACAAAUUUGUGUCUGAAAUAACAGAACAUAAAAUUGUAUUCCAAGUAAUUAAAAUGAUAGAUUCAUUAUUCAUCUAUAUCAAUGACAAAGACCGUCUUCAGUUUAGCGAUUUAUCAUUUGCUAUGACAAAUCGGUAUGACAAAUGCCCAACUGGUACUACGUUAAUAGGCAACUUUUCCGAAGAAGUCUCAAAAAAUAUUGCUUGUAGAAUCUCAAAAAAAGUUAACAAAGCAGUGUAUUUGAGUUGUAAUGUCGAGCAAGAUAGAUUGCUUAUUCCUCUCAUCGAGAAGAGACUGUAUGAGGAAAUUAAGUCGUAUCCGGAUAAAUUUUAAGUUGUAAUAAUUGUGUAGAAAUAAAUAUUUAAUUUC